CGAAAAAUGAAACAGCUCACCGAGGCUCUCACACUACAGUCUCAAGCCAUCACCAGGCAUUUUAGCAUAUUUGCCAUCAGAAUCCGCCAUGAUCUCCGACCAGAUGAGAUUCUUUGCUUUAGGAAUUGAAGUUUGAAGCUCGUGUCGCCUGCUCCUGGAGCCUCGAUUUUCGCGAGUUCAUUAUCCAAGCACCUGAUCCUCUUUAAUUUCAUCCUCAUCUUGGCUUCCAAUUGGUGUCCUGGCUUGCGGCUUUUAGAAUUCGCUCUAUUUCAAUUUUGAGGGAUUGACGAACUUGAUUGAGCAGCAGAAAUGCUUACGUGCAUAGCUCGUCCGAAGAAACUCGGGCAUGAGUCACUGAAUCAGCCCGAUGAAUCCGAUUCUACCAACUCAAGCGCCGCAAAGAGUCAAGGUGCCAAAUCCCUCACUUCUCAGCUCAAGGAUAUGGCGUUGAAGGCAUCUGGAGCUUACAAGCAUUGCGCCCCCUGCACCGGACCACAGACACAGAAUCGAUUCCGGGGAAGCAAUGAGUCAGACGUGGAGUCGGAUCGGUUCCGAUGGUCCUACCGGAGAACAGCGAGUUCAAGCUCGACAACGACGAGGGCAUGGGGGAAGGAGAUGGAAGCGAGACUGAAGGGGAUUUCGAGUGGGGAGGGAACGCCGAACUCUUCCAGCGGACGGCGGGUAGAGCCGGUGGUGCUGUUCGUCGAAGAGAACGAACCUAAGGAGUGGGUGGCGCAGGUGGAGCCCGGCGUAUUAAUCACCUUUGUAUCACUUCCGAGCGGAGGGAAUGAUUUGAAGCGAAUCAGGUUCAGUCGGGAAACGUAUAACAAAUGGCAAGCGCAAAGAUGGUGGGCAGAGAACUAUGAAAGGGUCAUGGAACUUUACAACGUUCAAAAGCUUAAUCUCCAUGCUUUCCCUCAUCCAACACCACCAAGAUCUGAAGAUGAGCUCUCAAAACUGGAAUCAGCAGAAGAUAUCCCUGUGACACCUCCACUAACCAAAGAACGAUUACCUCGUAAUCUAAAUCGUCCAACAGGGAUGGGAACGGGAUACUCGUCGUCUGAUUCUUUUGACCAUCGUUCAAUGCAAUCCCGCCAUCAUCAUGAAUCGGGUGGUCUCAACUCAACCCCUAAAGUCUCCACCAUAAGCACGGCCAAGACAGAAGCAUCAUCGAUGGACGCCUCUAUGAGAAGUAGCUCUUCCAGAGAGGCUGAUCCUUCAGGGGACAUAUCAAUCAGCAAUGCCAGUGACCAAGACACUGAAUGGGUCGAGCAGGAUGAACCUGGGGUUUAUCUAACUAUCAGAGCAUUGCCAGGUGGUAAAAGGGAGCUAAGACGAGUCAGAUUCAGCCGAGAAAGAUUUGGGGAGGUGCAUGCUAGAUUAUGGUGGGAGGAGAAUCGUGCUAGGGUACAUGAACAAUACUUGUGAGAUUGAGGAAACUUCAAAGAGCAUGGAGGUGUUGUUGCUUAUGGAAUUGUUUCAUACCUGUUUUACCAUACUAGAAAGUCUCAUUAUAGGUAAUUGGAUAUCACAAGAGGUGUUACACUGUUACUGGCACCUCUGCAUUUUUAGGCUACAUAAAUAGCUAGUCACACUACGUAUAUUUGUGUGAUCGGUUCAAUUUUCUAUUGGAUGUAAGUGGUAAAUUUACCUUCGAUUAUUUCCUUCAGAUAUAACAAUUAUGCUUCAUAA